CCCCACGUGGUUGGAGGUUUCCAGAAGCGUAGCCACCGCCGUGCGCGCAGCUCGGGGCCCGUGGGGUGUUGGUUCUCGUCCUCGUCACCCCCUCUGUCCAGCCACCAUGAUAAGCGCCAGCAGAGCCGCGGCCGCGCGUCUCGUGGGCACCGCUGCGUCCCGGAGCCCCGCAGCCGCCCGUCCCCAGGAUGGCUGGAAUGGCCUUAGUCAUGAGGCUUUUAGAUUUGUUUCAAGAAGAGAUUAUGCAUCAGAAGCAAUCAAGGGUGCAGUUGUUGGUAUUGAUUUGGGUACUACUAACUCCUGUGUGGCUGUUAUGGAGGGCAAACAAGCAAAGGUCCUGGAGAAUGCUGAAGGUGCCAGAACUACCCCUUCUGUGGUUGCCUUUACAGCAGAUGGGGAACGACUUGUUGGUAUGCCUGCAAAACGGCAAGCUGUCACCAACCCAAACAAUACCUUCUAUGCUACUAAGCGUCUGAUUGGACGACGAUAUGAUGACCCUGAAGUACAGAAAGACACUAAGAAUGUUCCUUUUAAAAUUGUCCGUGCCUCUAAUGGUGAUGCCUGGGUUGAGGCUCAUGGAAAACUCUAUUCUCCAAGUCAGAUUGGAGCAUUUGUGUUGAUGAAGAUGAAAGAGACUGCAGAAAAUUACUUGGGCCACACAGCAAAAAAUGCUGUGAUCACAGUCCCUGCUUAUUUCAAUGACUCACAGCGACAGGCCACUAAGGAUGCUGGUCAGAUAUCUGGGCUAAAUGUGCUUCGGGUGAUCAAUGAGCCUACAGCUGCUGCUCUAGCUUAUGGUCUGGACAAAUCUGAAGAUAAAGUCAUUGCUGUGUAUGAUUUAGGUGGUGGAACCUUUGACAUUUCUAUCCUGGAAAUUCAGAAAGGAGUUUUUGAGGUGAAAUCUACCAAUGGGGACACUUUCUUAGGAGGUGAAGACUUUGACCAAGCUUUGUUAAGGCACAUUGUCAAGGAGUUCAAGAGAGAGACAGGGGUGGAUUUGACCAAAGACAACAUGGCACUUCAGAGGGUUCGGGAAGCUGCUGAGAAGGCUAAAUGUGAACUCUCCUCGUCUGUGCAGACUGACAUCAACUUGCCAUACCUUACCAUGGAUGCUUCUGGACCAAAGCAUUUGAAUAUGAAGCUGACUCGAGCUCAGUUUGAAGGCAUUGUCACAGAUUUAAUCAAGAGAACUAUUGCUCCGUGUCAGAAAGCUAUGCAGGAUGCAGAAGUCAGCAAGAGUGACAUAGGAGAAGUGAUUCUGGUUGGUGGCAUGACAAGGAUGCCCAAGGUUCAGCAGACUGUGCAAGAUCUUUUUGGCAGAGCCCCGAGUAAAGCUGUUAACCCUGAUGAGGCUGUAGCCAUCGGAGCUGCCAUUCAGGGAGGUGUGUUGGCUGGUGAUGUUACAGAUGUGCUACUCCUGGAUGUCACUCCCCUCUCUCUGGGUAUUGAGACACUGGGAGGUGUCUUUACCAAACUUAUUAAUAGAAACACCACUAUUCCAACCAAAAAGAGCCAGGUGUUUUCUACUGCUGCUGAUGGACAAACUCAAGUAGAGAUUAAAGUAUGUCAGGGGGAACGAGAGAUGGCCGGAGACAACAAACUUCUAGGACAGUUCACUUUGAUUGGAAUUCCCCCAGCCCCUCGUGGAGUGCCCCAGAUUGAAGUUACAUUUGACAUUGAUGCCAAUGGGAUUGUGCACGUUUCUGCCAAAGAUAAAGGGACCGGUCGUGAGCAACAGAUUGUAAUCCAGUCUUCUGGUGGAUUAAGCAAAGAUGAUAUUGAAAAUAUGGUUAAAAAUGCAGAGAAGUAUGCUGAGGAAGACCGCAGAAAGAAGGAACGUGUUGAAGCAGUUAAUAUGGCUGAAGGAAUUAUUCAUGACACAGAAACCAAGAUGGAAGAAUUUAAGGACCAGUUGCCUGCUGAUGAGUGCAACAAGCUAAAGGAAGAGAUUUCCAAAAUGAGAGAACUCCUUGCUCGAAAAGACAGUGAAACAGGAGAAAACAUUAGGCAGGCAGCAUCCUCCCUUCAGCAGGCAUCAUUGAAACUCUUCGAAAUGGCGUAUAAAAAGAUGGCAUCUGAACGGGAAGGUUCUGGAAGUUCUGGAACUGGGGAACAGAAGGAAGAUCAGAAGGAAGAGAAACAGUAAUUGUGGCA